CUACUCACAAAUGUAGAUCCCUCAAAAUGAAAAUCCCCACAGCUUUCAGGUCCAGACCAUAGGAACACUCUGCAGGCAAAGCUGAAAUUUAUUUACCGCAUCAAAGAUUGCAAAAUCUGUAGAAAAAGAGAACUAAUAACAGAUAUUAAAGGGCAGAAUUAGCCAGGCAUCUUGUAUUUUUCAAUCAAGGAGAGAUCAACUUCCUACAAUCCUCCUAAGAUGCCUAGACUGGACCUCAUCAUUGGUAUGGUAUCACUUACUUUAUGCUGUUAUUCUGCAGUGCCAUCCGAUAAAGCUAUGUGUGCAAAACCACCAAAAAUAGAUAAUGCAAUUUUGCUGGGCAACUGGGAUGAAGAAACCUACCCACAUGGCCAGAUGGCAUUUUACAGUUGUGACCUUGGAUAUUUUAACGGGAGAAGUAAAAUGGUUUGUGUGGAUGGAAAAUGGGAGUCCUUAUAUAACAGACAAUGCAAAAAGAAAUCAUGUGGUCAUCCUGGAGAUACACCCUUUGGCACAUUCGAACUAAUAGAAGGAGAUGAGUUAGUAUUUGGAGCUGUGGUGGAAUACACUUGUGAUGAGGGGUAUCAGAUGGUGAGCAAGCAUAAAACUCGAGUAUGUUCUGACAUUGGUUGGACAAAUGAACCUCCUCACUGUGAAGCUCGCCUAUGUCCGCCAGUGAGGGACGACAGUGUAAGAGUCCUGUCAUACGUGAAUGAUGAUGAAUAUACUAUAGGCCAAGUUAUAAACUUUGAAUGCAAAAAUCCAAAUUAUAAGCUUAAUGGGCCAAAUCAGAUUUAUUGCACUGGAAAUGGAACAUGGAAUGUGGAUCCUCCAACUUGUAAAGGGGCAUGCACUGUACAGGAGAAUGACAUGAGAAUAAACAACAUACAGCUAAAGAAUAAUCAUAUUGUACAUUAUGAAGAUAAUGAGACUGUUCAGUUUGAAUGUGUUUCUGGAUAUCAAAUAUCAGAUCCAACAAAGCUACAAACACAAUGUGAAAGCAGCAUUCUGAAAUACCCAACCUGCCACAAGAAAGUGAUCGUGGACCAGUACCGGGUAAAUGCCAAGAAGCGUCUAUCAGUAAAUCUACAAUGUGGCAAACCUCCACAGAUACCACAUGGAGAAAUCACAACACCUUUAAGAGCCAUAUACCGUCCAGGGUCGUCAGUGCAAUACAGUUGUCCAUCCUUUUUCACAAUUGAGGGUUUUAAAAAGAUCCAUUGUGUAGGUGGAAUGUGGGGAAAUCCUCCCAUUUGUCUUGAGCCAUGUACUACAAGUGAUACAAAGAUGAAUGAGCAUCAUAUUAUGUUGUUAUGGGACAAAAAUAAAAAAAAUCGCUGCGUCAAGGAUGUUCAAAAAGAAAAACUAGCCAAAAAGUGUUAUGCUAAACAUAAUCAGUCAAUUCGAUUUACGUGUCUUCCUGGAUAUAACAUAUCUAAUUCCAAAGACCUAACGAGCAAGUGCAACAGAGGGAUUAUUUCAUAUCCUACAUGCUUCCAGGGAAAGUGAACAAAUUCCACACGAGAAUCUGGAUUCUGAAAUAAAUGAAUAUAGUAUAUGGAGAAUUAUAUAAUGAAACUGCUGUUACUUAAGCAAGAAAUCUGGUGAAGAGGAAACAAAAUAUAAUGUCUGCUGUUUAAAACAAAUUAUUAAAGCUGUUACCUGUUAUCUCUCCUGACGUCUCUGUUGUAGUAACUACUUAUGUUCCCCGUUUAAUAAUUAUUCUAUUCUUAUGUCUUUUCGAUGCGCCGUUCCUCUGUCAUUUUUACUAGAAGUUUGAGUGAAUUGUCAGCAGCUUGCAGUAAAGGUACAGGUGGAUGUUACCAGUAGGGUGGGGGGGGGGGGCCCUGCAGAGUCUACUGAUUGGACAGAAUCACGCACUCCCACUACUGGUAACACCCAGCAGUCCCUUUACUGCAGACUGCUGCCAAUUUAUUUGUAAAUUCUAGCAGGAAUAAUAAUACAGGAAAAGCACAAUACAGGGUCAUAAGAAUAGAUGCUCCAAAAUUGGUACUACAUGGGGAAUGCAAGUAGUUACUAAAGCAGACAUGUCAGGAGAGGUGAAGGGUCCUCUUUAAAACAUACUUCUGGAUCAUGUGCUUCAGCUAUUUCAUAAUAAAUACAUUUAAAGUUUCUU